GGCGGUCCGAGUGGCGGGCAGUUAGGAGGCGAUCCGCUUCUCCCACUGGCCGGCCGGCUAUGACGAUCACCUACAGCUGCGUUGCUAAUGGCCGAGCGGUCCUGGCGGAGCUGGCCUUGACCGGCGGCUCCUAUCAGGAAGCCGCUGCAAAGGUGCUUAGACAAGCGCUUCUGAAAGCUGAACCAACCACCAUAAUUCAAAUAGGAAGCUAUGUCUACCAUACUCUCUUUAUUGACGGAAUCACUUAUUUGUGUGCUACAGACAAUGGCUUGGAUUCUAUGGCGCCAUCUGCAUUUCUUAAAAAAGUUAGUGAUAUUUUUACAAGAAUUCCUUUGAUGUCACGAGAACAUUUUUUUCCUUCAAAUGCACUUGCUACAGAUUUUCAACAAAUACUAGCACAGCACAUGAUGGAAUACAACAAAAAUCGAAGUAGCAGUACACUGUCCAUGGUGAAGAGUCAAGUGUCUGAUGUCAAGGGUGUUAUGUUGAAGAACAUGGACACAGUUCUAGAAAGAGACACAGAAACGGUGAGCGCCCUCGCUGAGGAGACGGAUGACAGCCAGGCCACUGCUGAAGAAUUUGAGAACACCAGGAAGAUUCCCAAGAGGACAUGGUGGAAGUGCUUCAAGAUUGUAAUUACUACCCUUGCGAUUCCCCUGUCCAUCAUCAUCAUUCUCUUAAGUACUCACAUAAUACCCACCUGACCAAUAAAG